CUGACAUUGACGUUUUGCAACACUUCAAGUGGUAUGCCAAGAGGUGAAGACAAGGCACUAAGAUGGCCUUGACUUUGGCAGACCGAGCCAUUGGGGCCAUUAUUGGGGCAGCAGUGGCAGAUGCAGCAGCCCAGCCCAUGCAUUGGAUCUACAAUCCAGACCAGCUCAAAGAAGUUCUGUCUGAUCUGGAGCCCUGUCCUGAAUUUAGGCCUCAGUCAGCAAAUCCUUUCUACCGCAGGUUGACUGGCGAGCAGACCUGCUAUGGAGACCAGGCAUAUGUCCUUCUGGAGUCACUGAGCCAGUGUGGAGAUGUUAAUGUGGAAGACUUGACCAAGCGCAUCUACAAAUUCUUUGGCCCAGGAACAGUGUACGACCUGCCCCUCAAUGAUCCUUACAGGAAGAAAGGAGGUCCUAAAGCCAUCCUCCCUAUAGCUGGCCCAUGGAGAAAUGGGAGUCUGAAAGCUUUCUUCAGAAAUGUGGAUGCCGGCAAAGAAGAAACUGGCUGUGAUGUGGACUGUCAGAUGGACGGUGUCACUAAACUGGCUCCAGUGGUGGCAAUGUACGCUGGGCGACCUGAGAUGCUUGAGAAAGUGGAGAAAGCCAUACGGGUGACCCAGAACAAUGACAUGUGUGUUGCUGUGACACUGGCUGCAGCGAGGUUUGUGGAGCAUUUCAUUCUGAACGGUCCAGAUCCCAAUGCCUUGGAUGCAGUUCUGGCUCAGCUGAGUGACCCGAAGAGACAAAACCCCCAGGAGCUGGACCUGGCUGUCAUUGCGCAUAUUCACCAGGUGAAGGACAACCUAGCCAAGACAUCCCAACAGCUCAUACCUGCUGUGUUCACAAACACAUGAGGUUUGCCUGGUGCGUUCCAGGGAGCGCUUCAUGGAGUCCUGAAGCUGAAACAGCUGGAUGAAGCAGUCAGGGACACCAUGCGCUGUGGGGGAUGCACCGCCAGCCGAGCCUCCUUCAUAGGAGCCUGUUUUGGGGCGCAGACUGGUCUCCAGGGAAUCCCAGAGUCUUGGAGGAAAAGGACACUCCGAUACCCUCUGCUGCUUGAGCUGGCUGAAAAUGUGGUCCAAAAAAGUCAGCAAUUGUAGUUCAGCUUUGCUUUUGCCUAUCAAGUAUUUAUGGGAUGUGGAUAAUCAAAGCUACUUUAGAGGACUUUCACAAGUUGCAGAUGUGCUUUGACACGACAAUCCAUGACAGUCUCAUUCUAAAGUCUUGAACUGAAUGAAACUCGAAGCCAUGUGCUCUGUCAAAGUUGCAUCAUGUAUGACUGUGAAAGUCUGUGUUAGGAAUUUAUCUUUUGUGUUGAGGACAUGAAAUAUAUUAUCCUCAAAGGCUGCAUUGUAAACAACGUCAAAAUAAAGAACCUCUCUG